UACAUGAAACUAUAACCUGACACUUUCAAACAUCUAAUAAAUAAAUAAAACUUUACAACAGGACGAAGAGUGGCCUGUGUUGUUGUCCAGUAACGAGAUGAAGGUGACUGCCAGCACCCAGUGACAAGGCGACACCUGUCUUCCUGCUUGCCUUUGUUGUCACACCGCCGCCAGUAUUUCACUCUAAAACUUCCGGUGAAAUCAAUGAUGAGGAACUGACUGUGACCAUCAUGGGGGACGGCGCAUGGAUCUCCUCUAAGUUUUUUAAAACUGCAUUUAACUCACGGGAUUACUACGGUUGGUUCUGGCGUAGAGGCUACACAAGCUCUACCCUUGCUCUUCAAUCAGAUUGUCAACAUGAAGAAAUCUUAGCUGUCUCUAAUGGUAGUGAUUUGUCUUCAAGUACAAACUCUAGAGACCAAUAUCUUACAAUAUAUGACCCAAGCGAUUCUGGUGAGUCUUCAAGCAUUACAACUAGUGAUUCUACACAUUCAGUAUCUUCGGACUUUACAAGGAUUUCAAUUAGUGAUUCUAUACGUUCUGUACCUUUGGACUCUACAAGUAUUACAACUAGUGAUUGUACAAGUUCUCUACCUUCGGACUCUACAAGCCUGAAUUCUAUCAUCGGUGAUCCGACAAAAGUAGACUGCCUUGGUAAACGGGAAAAGCGACGGUUGACACGCAGAGUGUUGAUACUGCUUGUGGUGGUCAUUGUGUGUGUCGGCAUCGCCGGCGCCAUUGCUGCAGCCGUUCUCUUCACGAGAGACGAGGUUCAGACAUUUUCAGGGAUAGUUAGGGUCAACGAGACUUUUCACGAGUCCAUGGCUCAGAAUGAUUCGGAUACCUUUCAAAGUUUCGGAGACAGAUUUUGUUUCAAUGUUGUUUCGUUUCUCGCUGGACAAUUUCGGUGAAAUGCGCUGUCAGGUCAACAGUUUGAGUUCGGGGUCUAUUAUCGUCAACUUCACCCUGGAGGUCUCGACCAGGAGUAACACCAGUGAGAUGCAGCGCCACCUUACGGAAAUAUUUAACGUCUCUCGGUUGGGAGUGAUGGCCAUCUUUCCUGAGAGCAAUAGAUUU